AUGUCUGGCAAAUUCGUUAGAGCCUCAAAGUAUAGACAUGUCUUUGGUACUGAAUUUAAAAUUGACCAACAAUACAGUGGAACUAAAAUGACUAAAUCCGCAUGGGAUUCUAAUAUGAUUGCUUGUGGUUGCAAACAUUUCUCAAUGAUUUGGGAUGUAGCUGGAGGAGGAGCUUUUGCUGUUAUCCCAUACACUAAAGUUGGAAAACAAGUAGAUGUUUGCCUUGUUAGUGGACAUAAAGGAACAGUUCUUGAUAUUGACUACAAUCCAUUUAAUGAUAAUCUUAUUGCUUCAGUAUCUGAAGACUGUAAUAUUUGCAUUUGGAAUAUUCCAGAAGAUUGUCCAUCAGGAAAUAUUCAUGAAGCUGCUCAAACUCUUCAAGGACAUAAGAGAAAGGUUGGUACCUGUAAUUUCAAUCCAUGUGCAUCUAAUGUUUUAGCCACUUCAUCUGCUGAUACUACUAUUAAAAUUUGGGAUAUUGAACAAGGUGAAGAAAUGUUUUCUAUUGGAGGAUUUACUGAUAUUAUUAAUUCAGUUGCAUGGAAUAGAGUUGGAAGUGAACUUGUUUCAACAUGCAAAGAUAAGAAAAUUAGAAUUAUUGAUCCAAGACAACAAACUGUUGCUAGUGAUGUUCUUGCACAUCAAGGAUCUAAAGGUAUGAGAUGUUUAUGGAUGCAAAACAAUGAAAUGAUCUUUACAACUGGAUUUUCAAGAAACGCUGAAAGAGAAAUGGCAUUCUGGGAUCCAAGAAAUCUUGCUACACCACUUUGUAGACAUACAGUUGAUAAUCAAUCAGGUGUUCUUAUGCCAUUCUAUGAUCCAGAUUCAUCUAUUCUUUAUCUUGGAGGUAAAGGAGAAAAACCACAAUCUGGAUUAGGAGUUAUUCCAAAGAGAAUUUGCAAUACUACAACAUGUGAAAUUACUAGAUUUAUGAAAGUUACUAGAGAUGGAGUUGUUCCAGUCUCUUUCUGUGUACCAAGAAAAUCAGAAAUCUUCCAAGAUGAUAUUUUCCCAAAUACAUAUGCUGGUAUUCCUGUUGAAACUGCUAACGAAUGGAAAGAAGGUACUUCUAAUGAACCAGAUAUGUCAUUCAAUUUUGCUCCUGGAUAUGUACCACCAGAAAAACCUGCUGCCUCAUUCAAUCCAGUUGUUAAAAAGGUUGAAGCUCCAAAGAGUGAUAAAGAAAUUAGAGAAGAAUGGGAACAACUCAAGAAUAGAGUUAAUUACCUUGAAACUGAACUUGCAAAGAAAGAUGCUCAAAUUGCUGAACUUCAAUCAAAACUUGCUGCUGGUUCACAGUAA